UAAAGAAUAGUCAGGGAAAGCAAUGGCAAACUACCCCACAAAAACGGCUUGUCUAUGAAAUCACUGCUUGCAGCAGUACCCCAGGGUCAGACACGACUGAAGGAGAAACUUUACCUUUUACUGCCUUGAUAAAAAAUGUCUUCCUGUACCAUUCUAUUUUAUCUCAAUUGCGGAAAGCCAGAAUUGUGGGAUCUCCUCAGGCAGGUCAUUCCACGAGGUGGGGCCCCCACCAAGAAGGCGGGUGGGUGAGUAGGUCACCCCUGUUUACAGGGUGGAAGCUGCAGAAGGGCCUGCUCAGGUGAGGGGAACUGCCGUGGAGGAGCGCAGCUGGAGAGGCAGCCUUCUUGUCAAUGCAAGUGUUGGAGGCAGGGGAGGACCCCAACCCUGUUGGGCCUGCUGCAGGCAACUCUGGAAUUUGGAGGUGGGAUGGGGAGCCCCACCCCAAAAUGGCUGCCUCAAGAAGGGGAGCCAGAACUCGAGGGGGCUGCUGCUGCUGCUGCAGGAGGCGCAGUCAAACACAACACCUACCUCCUUUCUUUGCAAAAGGCCUGCAAAAGGCCAGCGUAUCUUCAGCAGCCGCCCCAGAGCACUGUGCCAGUUUGCCGGCGCGACACCUUGUCGGGUGCUGAUGCCCCCCCCCCCCCCCCCCCCGGGCUGCUCUGGGGAUUGAUUCCAUCAUCGGUUGUAUCAGUUGAAUCUCGCUGUGACUUCUGCCUCUGUCGUUCCACUCUCUGCAUUAUGAUGUGUCACAACUGACCUCUUUUGUCCUUUUGCGCUGGUCUUCUGCCUUUCAGCGCCUGAGUCCCCAUGCAGUGUUUAUGGGAUGUUUUAGGCUGUUGACCCUGCUCAGUGUUUGGAUAAGAGCCCAGCAAGGAACUCCAGGGUUGCUUCGCAGGGGCAGGCAGGAGCAAGACACCUCUGAGAGCCUCUUGCCUGGGGACCCCGGUGGGAUGAGGCUGCCACCACCCAAUUGUGAAUUGUUGGUGCUUAAUUGUUAAUUAAUAGGCUGUCUGAAUAUGUUGUUUCUAUCGGGUCCUUCACCCUGAGAAGGAGAGCUGUAAGGAAGUCCACACCAGAGCCCGUUGCAGAAGUCCCUGGCAGCUCUGCUGGUUUUGCCGAGGGUGGGGUCCCAGCCCAAACCCCCAGGCCCUGGAAACUGCAGAGGGCAGGCCUGCGCUGCCUCUGACGGGGCUGGCCGGAAGCCAUGUCGCACACCUCCGCUUCCUGGCAGGGCCCAUUCUGAGCUCUUUCAGCGUCGUCAGUGGAAACAGCAACUGCUCUCUUUCAACUUGUGAGGAUCAGCAGUACUAGUUCACGGAAAGCCCUUCUUUCCUCUUCUGCACGGUGGCCCAUGCUGGGUGGGGGAGCUCUGAACCAGCAUCAAGAAGCCACGGUGAACGUCAUGGUGUUCUUUGGGGUCACCACCAGCUCCUUGGCUCUCUGGCUCUGUUUGCCCAGCCUUGUUCGGGGACAGGAGAGCAACAAGAUCAAGGUGAGCAUCUCUGGCAACGGGGUGACCCUCACUUGCCCCAUAAAGGAUGCCAAGUGGUGGAGGAAAGAGAAAAAUGGCAGCCAGACGCCCACUUGGACGAUAGAGAACUAUCAGGGGAUGCAGCAUAACGACCUGUACAGCUGUGGCACAAAGGAGCCCAGCUGCAGCAUUUACCUGCACAUCAAAGAGUGUCCUGGGUGUGUGGAGAUGGACCUCUGGCUCGCGACGGGCAUCAUCGUAGCCGACCUCCUGUUCACCGUUGGAAUCCUGAUCUUGACCUACUACUGCAGCCGGAAGCGGGCAGCCCGCUUUGGCGGUGUCUCUGCAGCAGCGGGCCCCCGAGCACAGCCACAAGGCCAGAGAGAGGACCGGCCCCCACCUGUCCCAAAUCCAGACUAUGAGCCCAUCCGGAAAGGCCAGCGCGAGGUUUACGCCGGACUGGAGCCCCGGGCCUUCUGAGGGAGAGGAGGCCAGCCUGCCUGCCUGCCUGCCUGGCAGAGGAGAAAACUGUUCCCCCACUGAGCGAUGCAGAGCCUGCAAUGAACGUGGAUUCCCGUCUGUCUUUCGGCUUUCAUAAGCUGGGUUUUAAAAAGACCUCGUGUGAACUAAGCAUCUUGGUCAUGGCUCAGCAGUUCUGGCUGUCCGCUGAAUGACUUGGUUCCAGUUCUAAGAACACGUGAUCCAGAUGAGCCGCCUGGCUGGGCCCAGUUCUUUGAUGAAGAGCAGUGAGCCAAGAUAUAGAUUCUAUUACUGGUGCGGCUACCUACAGAUACUGAGUGUCACUCAAAGUACUACGGAGCCCUUCGUGGUUUCGGCCCCUCCCAUCUGGUGGACAGUCUGGGCAAAACUCUGCAGGGCACGUUCAUCUGGUGUACCGCCCCCCCCCCCCACAUGCCUGACUCAGAAGGUCAGGAAAGCCCCCCCCCCCCUUUCUGACCUUCCAAAAAGAAUGUCAGAGAGAGUUGUUCUGGAGAGCAUUUUUAUAACGGUGACAAGGCGAUAGUGUAACAUAAUGAUUGAGGAUGGCGCUUUUAUAAAGGGAAAAGGACUGCAGUCUGUGCCACUGUGUCUGAGAUAUAAUGCCCAUCCACUGUGUGUAUCCUGCGUGGUUUUCUACUGCUGUAAUUUCUUUUUCUGCAUCACUCAACCUCUCGUGUCUGAUACCUUUUUGCGCUGUCUCUGCUUUUACUAAUCCUAGUCCUUUUUCAUUCCUUGUGAGAUCAGUCUGAUUGCAAUGUAUGACACACUGCGGUUUGCUGUGAGCCUCAGUGGAAAAGGCAGGCAAUAAAUAUACUACAGAAAUACUGUCA